AGAGAGCCGGUCGUUACGCUGCCCGCAAGUGCAGCCGCAGCCACGCCGGCGCCCAGGCUACCGUUGAGAGCGGCCUCCGAACCUCCCGCGGGUUAGUUCCUGGCGUUAGCCUCGAGCGCUCCUCUCCCACGCUUUCCACGCGCAGGUAUCCCCAGCUAGUCACCAUUCGGCGAAGCGAGCGUCGCUCAUCGUCCGUUUCCUGAUCCACCGAGGAACCAAGGCAAUCGUCGUCAUGGGUAGCGUGAACGUCAACCGCAGCGUCAGCGACGCCUUCUAUCGCUACAAGAUGCCCCGCAUUCAAGCCAAGGUCGAGGGCAAGGGCAACGGCAUCAAGACCGUCAUCGUCAACAUGGUCGAGGUCGCCAAAGCCAUCGGCCGACCCGCCACCUACCCUACCAAGUUCUUUGGCUGCGAGCUGGGCGCUCAGACCCAGUUCGAUUUCAAAAACGAGCGCUUCAUUGUCAACGGCAGCCACGACGCCACCAAGCUACAAGACCUCCUUGACGGCUUCAUCCGAAAGUACGUUCUCUGUCCCAACUGCGACAAUCCCGAGACCGACUUAAUCGUCAACGCCAAGAAAGGCACCAUCUCCCAAAGCUGCAAAGCUUGUGGUCACCACGGUAUGCUUGAGAGCAACCACAAGCUCAACACCUACAUACUUAAAAAUCCACCGAGUCUCGACCCGGCCGCGCAGGGCAGUUCCCUUACCGAAGGUAAACGUGCCAAGCGCUCUAAACGCGCCAAUGGCGAUGCGAACGGUGAGCAACGCUCGGGAUCGCCAGAAAAUGACAACAACACUAGUACUACCGACAUCGUCGUCGAGGCUCCAGAAAAGAUGGCUAACCAGAAUGACGACGAAGACGAUGAUGGAAAUUGGGCAGUGGAUGUCUCCGAGGAGGCAGUGCGCGCGCGCAUGCAAGAUUUGACCGACGGCGCCAAAGGCAUGACCAUCAGCGAGGAUCUGGACAAAAGCGAGAAAGAACGCAUGGACAUUUUUUACAAGUUGGUCAAGUGUCGUCGUGACGGUGAUCAAUUGAAUAAUCCGAACAGUCAUAAGGAGCUGCUUACCGAGGCAGAACGCCUUGAGAUCAAGUCCAAGGCACCUCUUGUUCUUGCUGAACUUUUAUUCGACCAGCACAUCGCCGCCCAGGUAAAAAAAUACCGAGUUCUCCUUCUGCGCUUCACUCACGAUGAUGUCAAGGCGCAGAAGUAUUUGAUUAGGGGCAUCGAACAGAUCAUUGCUUUACAUAAGGAUGUGCUUAUGGCUAAGGUGCCUGGCAUCUUAAAGCUUUUCUACGACAACGACAUACUCGAAGAAAAGGCUUUGUUUGAAUGGGCUAGCAAAGUCAGCAAAAAGUAUGUUUCUAAAGAUCUAUCCCAAGAGAUUCACGAUAAGGCUGCACCAUUCCUUACGUGGCUCAAGGAAGCUGAAGAGGAAGAAUCUGAAUCUGAAGAAGAUGACGAUGACGAUCUUGAGAUUGAAUAUGACGAUAGAGCAAAACAACCGCUGAAGCAGCAACAACAGCAACAGCUCGCUCAAAAGAAACCAGUUGUUGAGGAAGAUUCUGAUGAAGGAGAGUAUGUUGAUAUCGAUGCCAUUUAAAAUCAAAAAACGAAGUCGCCAAAGCCAAAAGAUUAUACGAAAUCAAUGCAUCGCUAAAUUUCAUUAUCUUUCAAAAAAUGAUACAAUGAGUCGCAGUAAAAAGAAAUGCUGUUAUCCGCUUAAGCGCAAUAACUAUUUUCUUUCUCUUUUAUGGAAUGCAAAAGGAUAAAGGCUGAGCUAGGCGCAAUUUCAAAUAAAAUAUAGUCUUUCGAAAUUGCUAUAUUUUGAAGAUAAAUUAGCCAAUUUGUCAUUCUAAAAAUAGUUCCUGUAAACAUUUUCUGUGUUGUAUUUUUGAUUUCUUUGAUUAAAUUGUUUUUUCAAUCGGAUUCCCGUAUCUCUGAUAGUAAAGUAAAUUGAAAGCUCACUUCUAAUAAAAUAAAUUUGCAAUAUAUAUUCUAAGUUGUUGAAUCUUCUGAUGCGUCGCUUAUAGCUUAUCUACUAUGUGUGUUGUUUUUCAUGUGUAAGAUUUUUGUUAGUUUUUUCUUUUUCAAUCGUCGUCAAACGACAAAACUGGCCUGCUAAAAGCGUUCUCUAUUGUAUCUACAAUAAUAAUUAUUUAAAUAAAUAUGGUUUAUCGCAAUGAAAUACACACGUCUACCUAAUAUUCU